AUGUCUUCAAUAAAUCAAUACGAAUCAUUAAAAAAAGAUGGUAUAUGGAGAGAUCGUCUGAAAUAUAUUUUAUCAUUAUCCGAUAAAAAUGAUAUAGAAAAACAUUUAAAACAAUCAUCAUUAUCAUCUUAUGAUGAUUUACAAAUGCUUAUUUUUCUAUCAUUAACAACUAAAAACGAAAAAAAUUUACUUGAAAUAUUCAAAACAGAUUCAUUACCAACACAACAACGAGCUAUUGCUGGUCAACAUUGGAUUAAACUUCAAAAAGAUGAAAAACAAAUUCAUAAUUUUAUUGUUGAAUCAAUCAAUAAUAAAGAUAUUCCUCGAUAUUUAAAACAUAACAUAUUGAAAAAUCUUCAUCGAGUUGAUUGUUUAAAAAAAUCUUCAUCAUUUUUUUAUGAUGUUGCUUGUCAUUUAACUGAAUCAAAUAAUCAUACUCAAUAUAAUAUUAAUGCACAUUUAGUACCAUUUUGUAAAAAAGAUCAAAUAAUUGAUCUUUUAUCUCGAUGGUCAUUAAAACGUUUAGAACAAAUUGAUUGUUCAUCAGCAUUUUAUUCAAAAUUAAUUCGUUAUCAACCACUUAUUAUUAUUCAUUUAAUAAAAGGUGAUUUAAAUGAAAUAAAAAGUGAUUAUGAUAAAUAUACAAAAUAUUUUCAAGAAAAUGAGAAAUUAUUUGAUUUACUUUCGAAAAAAGAAGCAAAAGAAUUAAUCUGUUUAAUAAUUGAAUAUUUAAAUCAAUUAGAAAAACAUAGAAGAUUAAUACCAGAAUUUAUUUCAUCGAAACAAGAAUAUUUUUUUAAAAAAGUUCCUAAUGAAAUGAUUCAAUUAAUAACAAUUGUUGCAUCAAAUCAAGCAGGUAAAAUAAAAUAUGCAACACGUUGGAAUAGUGAAGGAUGUGAUCUGGGUUCAUUUCCAUUACCUCAUUCAUUUUCUAUUGAAAAUUAUGUUCGUUUAUUUAUUGCUUUAUAUGAUACAUGUAAAUGGUCAUCAAAUAAUACAAUGGUUACUUUUGAAUAUCUAUUAAAAAAUCGACGCGAUCAUUUAAAUCUUUAUUCAUUAAAAAAAGAACAAAAAUGGUUAAUUGAUAUUAUUAUUGAAAAACAUAUUGGAAAAGAAAAAUUUUUAGAAAAAUUUUUAAAAGAAGGAAAUGAAAAUCAUUUUCAAUUAUUUGAAAUAUAUCCUCAAUUAACAACACCAUUGUCUCUUCAUUUAAUAUCACAAUAUGAACGUAAUGGAAUAAUUGAUGAUAAAAAACGUUUAUCAUUAAUUCGUUAUCAAUUAAUGACACAAGAAAUUUUUGAUCAAUUUUUAUUAUUAUUUAAAAAAACAGGUUCAGAUGUUAAUCAACGUCAACAAAAUUAUUCACUUUUUUUUCAAUGUGCUAUUUCAACAAAUGAACAAUAUGUUAAAAAUGUUCUUCAAUGGAUUGAAAAAAGAUUUACUAAUGAACAAAUUAUUGUUAUUGAAUAUUUUUUAGGUCAAUUAUCUUCAUCUAAUAUGCGAUUUAAUUUAAAAUUUUUACCAAAUAAUAUUAAUUCAAUUCAAACUAUUAUUGAUAUUGCUAUUAAUCAUUUACAACAAUCAACAAAUACUUUAAAAAUUAUUAUUUCUUAUGGAAUAUUUUUACUUCAAUCUGUUGAAAAUCAUCAAAAUAAACAAGAAAAAGAAAUAAUUCAGAAAUUUGCAACAAAAAUUAUCAAACAAUGUUAUACAAAGGUUGAUGGUCUUACAAUUUAUAUAUCAUCAAUAUCUGAAUCUUAUCCAGAAGCACGUCAUCUAGUUGCGGAUAUUCUUAUAUCAGAUCUAUUUCCAAAAUUAGUUUCAAAAUCGAUGUUAGAUGAAUUAAAUAAUUCAUUAAAUUUAUAUUUAGAUCAAGCUUGGCGUUUACCACAAAUCGAUUCAUUUAUUAAUUCAUUUUUUACUAAAUCUCUUUCUUCAUCAACAAAACUUCAAUCAUCAUUUAAAAUUGAUACACAUUCAUCAAUGAUUUCAUUAUAUUUAAAACAAAAAUCAACUCGAUUCGAACGUGUUAAUCAAUUAAUUAAUAAUAUUCAUCGAAUUUUUUUUAUUAAUAACGAUGUUCAAAGAAUUAUUUUACAUUCACAACAAUAUCGACAAUUCAUAGAUGAAUUAAUUCAAGAUGAUAAAUGUCUUACUAUAGAUAAAUUAUCAAAUGAAGAAUGUAAACUUGCAGCAGCAUUACAUUCUGGAACAAAAAAUGUCAAAUUACCUGCAUUAGAUAUUGAAUUAUUGAAUUGUUGUCUUCAUCUAUUAACUGGAAAACAACAAGAACAUAUUACAAAUAUUAUUUUAAACGAUUAUCUUCAAGAUAAAGAUGUAUCUAACUUGAAUAAAUUAAAAUCAUUACGUGUUCUUCGUCAUCUAUCACAUACAUAUAACGAAACUCUUGAAUGGCUUCAUAAAAAGCAAGAUUCUUCAUUAGUAGUAAAGAAUUCUAAUGAAAAUCCUAGAGGGCGUAAUCGCGGUGCUAAUGCUCAAUCACUUGACGAUAUAAUUCUAUGUUUACCAGCUACAUUUGAUUUAACUCCAGAAUAUUUAUUAAAACAAUUUGAUUUAUUAAAAACAAAUUUAAAUGCAUCAAAUGUUAAAUUUAUUAGUGAUGCUAUGUUAAAUAUUUCACGUAAAAUAAGUGAUGAAAUAUUUUUAAAAUCUUAUCUUGAAUUUAUUCGUAAUGAACAAUUUCAAAAACUUGGUAUAACAGCAAAUAAAGAAAUUCUUCGUUUAUUAAUUCAAUUUGUAUUUAAUCCAAGUUUAAUAAAAACUGUUAUAAAACCUUUAUGGGAUAGUCAUCCUCAUCAAGAUGUUCGUGCAUGUCUUAUUUUAACUUUACUUCAUUUUAUUGGUAAAUCAAAUUUAAAUGAUGAUAAUAUUAUUAUUUGGCAAAUUCUUGAACAAGCUGCAUAUGAUGAUUAUCUUCCAGUUGUACAAUCUUUAUUUGCUGCUCAUCGAGGAAAAUCUCGUUGGCCAUUAUCUCAAUUAAAAGAUUCAUCGAAUAAUAUAUUUGAAACAUUUGUUAAUCAAAUACAAUUUAUGAUAUUAGAUCAUCCAACAUCAUUAGAAGCACGUUCAUUCGCUUGGUCCAAUAUUGAAUAUGAAUAUUGUCAUACUAGUAAAUUAAUUGAAAAAGCACAACAUUUAUUUAUUCAAUUUGAUAAAAAUGCAAAUACUUUAUGGGAAAAUGCUUUUGAAAAAGUCAUUGCAUGUUAUAAACAACAAAAUAUAUCUUCAUUAGAUAUAAUUAUUGAUAUUAUUAAAAAAGUUAUGUCAUGUAGAGAAGAAAUUGAUUCAAAAGAAAAUGCAAUUGAUAAUCAACAUGAUUUACCAGUUUAUCAUCGGAUACAAAAGAUUUUAAAAAAUCUUAUUUCUCAUAUAAAUCAAUUUGAUAAUGAGAAAAAAAUUCAUUUUCGUUCACUUACUUCAAUCGUUCUUCAAUUUGAUAAAACAUUAGCUCCUCUUAUUGGAAAAUUAUUAAUAAAAAUAGCUCAAAAUAAAGAAGACAUUGAAGAUAUAUUAAAAAUUCUACAAGAAAAUUUAUCUGAAAAUUAUUUUGAACGUAUAUUAACAGAAUUAUCAACUUGUAUUAGCAAAGAAGAUUCUUGUCCUUUUAUUCAACAGUUAGAUGUUGACGAAAAACUUAAUUUAGCUCAAUGGUUUAUUAAAGAAAGAACUCGACCAUUAUUAGUUUUUGAUUUACUUAUAAACCAUGUAUUUAAUCAAUCUGGUGUUGAUCGAGAACAAUGUCGAAACCUUCUUCGACAUUUGAGACAAUGUGAAAAUUUAUCUGUACAAGAACAAGCUAUGAGUUAUAUUGUACCUUGGGAAAAAGAUGGAGGUAUCAACGAUAAUGAUCGAAUGAGCGUUUCCAGUGAAUCAGACGAUUCUAACAUAUCUGAAUAA